AGUUUCUGUCUAUAGGAUAACACUGUCUCAAAGAGUUGUGGGAGGGAGAACAGAAGAUUUAGGUAGGAGGAUUGUGUUAGUAGCAGUAAGGGGAAAAGACUAAAUUGCUUACCAGAUCAAUGGUAGCUUGGGGGGGAGCAAAGAGAAUUAACUGAACCAAAAAUUCUAAUUAGAAUGUUUGUGGAACAUAAUGCUGGUAUGGUAGUUAGCUGUCUUCAGAGAUUCUGGUUCAUAGGUAACUCUGGAUAUCUGGCUAACCUAUAGGCGGAAGCUUUUUUGAGGAAGGAAAAGGAUGGGAUGGAGGUGGUUUGGGGGCUCCAUUUCUGGUGGUGCUGCUCUUAUUAGUGGGUGGCUGGAAAGAAGUCGAAAAAGACAAAUUGGCUGAUGAUCCUCCCAGGUAGUUUCAAGCCCUCUAUUCGGGAUUGGAUAGAAAGAGUAAAAAAUCCCAGAAUUUAAGAGCUGGACCUAAGUGGUCAUUUAAUGCAACCUGUAUACAAAAAGCAUCUCCACUUUAAUAUACCCAGCAAGUGUUCAUCCAGCCUGUACAUGAAUAUUUACCAGAAGGGAGAACCCACCACCUCUCAAGGCAGCCCAUUCCAUCUCUGGACAACUCUUAACUGUUAGUGUGCCAGGAUGGCUGCUCCUUGUGAAGCAAUCAGCAACUUUACCUUGAAUGUUUUUAAAAAAAUUGGUGAAGCAGAUAACUCACAGAAUGUAUUUUAUUCCCCUCUGAGCCUCUACUGUGCCCUGGCUAUGGUCUUAGAUGGAGCCAAAGGAAAUACUGCUGCACAGAUAAAACAGGUUCUAUCUUUAAAUAAAGGUACAGAUGUCCAUCUCAGUUUCCAGUCUUUUCUAGCAGAAGCUAAUAGAUCUGGUGGUCAGUGCCUGCUAAGAAUUGCCAACCGGCUUUUUGGAGAUAAGGCUUAUGAUUUUAUCUCAUCUUUUAAGGAAUCCUGUCAGAAAUACUAUCAUUCAAAUAUGGAAAAACUUGACUUUGCUAAUGCUCCCGAGGAAGCAAGAAAGCAUAUAAAUAAAUGGGUAGAAGAAAAGACAGAAGGUAAAAUUGUAGAACUGCUAGCUAAUGAUUCUGUUGAUCCACUGACUUCUCUAGUACUUGUGAAUGCCAUCUAUUUCAAAGGAAGAUGGCAAAAACAAUUUGACAAAUUCAAGACAACAGAACAGAUGUUCAAAAUCAGCCAGGAGAAGCUGAAACUAGUGCCAAUGAUGUUUUUGAAGUCUACAUUUAGCACGACUUACAUAGGAGAAGUGUUUACCAAGAUCCUAGUUCUGCCUUAUGCUGGAGGACAAAUGGACAUGAUCAUUUUGCUUCCAGAUGAGAACACAGAUCUAACAAUGUUAGAAAGAAAUCUUACUUCUGAGAAAUUAACAGAUUGGAUAAAUCCAGACAGAAUGGAUGAAAUGGAGACAGAAGUUUUCCUUCCCAGAUUUAAAUUGGAGGAAAACUUAGACAUGGAAUUCAUUCUUCGAAAAUUGGGCAUAUCAGAUGCCUUUGAUGGAUCCAAAGCUGACUUUACUGGGAUGUCAGCCAGGAAUGACCUGUAUCUAUCCAAGGUUGUACACAAGGCUUACGUGGAAGUUAAUGAAGAAGGCACAGAAGCAGUUGGUGCCUCUGCAGCAGUCAUGAGCAACCGUUGUGCAAGAUUUACUCUACAAUUCAUAGUUGACCAUCCUUUCCUGUUUCUUAUCCGAGAUAAAAGCUCAAAAAAUAUUUUGUUUUUGGGCAAAGUGACCUCUCCAUAGAGCGAUCACUUAUUCUUGAUUGGGUCUUUACCCUCAUGUUGUUUACCUUUGUUUCACCCAGAUUCUGAUGUGCCUAUAAUCACAAAGGUUUUUUUUUUUUUUAUCAACACGUGAUAAUAAUCCAAAAGUAAAAUUCUUUAUGGGCAAUUCUGUACCUGAGA